AUGGUGUUGCCGGCUGAGUUGGUGGAGGGCGUGGAGGCGCCGCGGGCCAACCCCUUUGAGCGGCUGUUCAGCGCGCGCAGCACGCGGGACUACCCCAUUGACCGCCCCGAGGUCGACUUCUCGGACCCCCGGCCAUACGAGCAGCAGCUCUUCGACCAGGUUCUGUUGGACGACCCGGACAUCCCCGGCUACCAGCCCGCGCUGCCGGAGGGCUUCGACAUCAACGAGUUCGCAAAAGAGAUCGCGCGGGAAAGGAAGCGGUGA